GGCUACCAGUUAGACGUUCUGCUCCUCGGUUGCCGAAAAAGUCUAUUUACUUUCAAUUUUUACUAAAUUUUUAAAGCAAAGAAGUGAGAUGAAUUCGUGGUACAUCCUCAUCUUCGGACUGGUCGGUGUUCCCUUGAUUUCUGGAGCCUCCACCUUCAAUGCGACUCUCAUCUGCGAACUGGUGGUCAAUGGCACCAAGAUGAACGAUCCGCGUGCCUGCAACGCGUGGGUUCAGUGCGUCGAUGGAAGUCCUGUGGGUGGAACCUGCGGCACAGGACUCUUCUACGACAGGGAGAGCCAGGAGUGCCUAACCUCGAGCAGUGUCAAGUGCCUGUCCAGUGAUCCUUGUGCUGCUCUGCCCACCGGAUUCGCCGCGGAUCCCUAUUCCUGCAAUGGAUACUAUUACUGCAAGGAUGGCAAGGGAACUCACGGAGUUUGCAACACUGGAAUGAACUUUAACCCGGGAACGCAGGAUUGCAUUCGCGAUUUUCCGUGCACCGAUAAAAUGGAUCCGGAUAGCUAUUGCAACAUCCUGCCAGAUGGUGUCUUUGUGAAGAACCCGAACAACUGCAAUGGCUACCAGAUGUGCUGGGAUGGCCAGGUGUUGAAUGGCACCUGUCCGGGAACAUUCUACUUUAAAUCCUCCACCGCGGAGUGCGAUUACCAGCAGGAUGUGGAGUGUGAUGUCACCCCAGUGACGGAUGUUGUCGAAAAGGGAGUUUGUCCCGAAUCGGGAGGAUUUAUCUCCGAUAACAGCACCUGCAAUGGCUACUACUACUGCAAACCGAUGGCAGAUGGUGAGUUCACCUUGGAGCAUGGCGAAUGCUCGGAUGGAAGGUUCUUCCUGGCCAGCGAUGGAGGCGCCUGUGUGCCGCGUUCCAAGGUGAAGUGCGACUACGAUCGCUGCGUGGGAUUGGGCAACUCCACCAUCCAGCUGGCCAACGAGUCGGAUGACGGAUGCCGUGGUUACUCCAUUUGCCAGGAUGGCGUCGUCAUUGGCCAGGGAACCUGUCCGCAGGACGAGUACUUCGACGAGGUCACCCAGCGCUGCACCACCCAAGUGAUAACCUAUGCUGCCUGUCAAACAUCGGGUGGAACCACUUUAUCAGAAGUCGAGCUGCUGACCGCUGGUUCUACCACAUCUUCGGUGUCGUGA